AUGACGUCCGUUGAGCUUGUGUCAAAUCCCUCCAAUGAGUUAAGUACGCAUCGGUGGACCAUCGGUGGCCUGCGGCACCUUAACCGCAAGAACAAGCUGAGCUCCCUGCCGUUCUGGACGCCAAACCACGUUACGAAGAAGCAUCAGUUCCGUUGUGUGCUGAUCAGAGGUAUGGUGGCGAAGGAUCAGGAAACCGACGACUACGUUGGGCUCAUCCUCGAACUGAUCCCUCCCCCUGAGGGGGACGACGUGGCAUACCCGGGUGGCUGCUCCAUCACGGCCCGGGUGGUGAACCGUGUGCAUGAUCAACGCACUCACGACAUAGUGCAGACGCAGACGGUCGCUUUUGUGCCAGAGCAGCUGCAGAUGUCCUUCCCCGAGCUCAUCCCCCCAACGACUCUGGACAGCCCCGAGUUUGUGGAGGGGGAGGACAUGGCACUUUUUCUGGAGGUGACCAUAGAGACUGGCGUGAAUGUGGCGGUGGAGUGGGCCAACAAGACGGUCUCUAAAUUCUGGGGCACCGUAUACGAGUCGGUGAACCAAAUGGUGCGGAAGGUUUCAAAGGCGUACAGUGACACACGAGAGGAGUACGGCAUGCAGAAAGAGGAGGAAGCACUGAGCGUGCCGUGGGAUAAUGUGCCUGAGAAUUGGGUCGGUAGGGAGAAAGAAUGGCGCCACCUCAUAUCGGAGCAAAUUGUGGAAGAUGAGGGGACCUUUCGCUACGGCCCCAACAGAGGCUUCUCAAAGGAUGAGCAAGCCCUGCUGCUGCAGUGUGGACUAAACCAACGCCUCAUUACCAACGCCCAAGCGCAGUUUGACUACGAUCGCGAUGUCCACGAAGGCCUCUUGGCCUUGCCUGGAAUGCGGCAGCAGCGCUACCACCUUGUCCCUGGGAAGAUAAAGGAAAAGGUAUUUUGGGCCAACUAUUUCUCGAAGGUGGUGGCGUUGGCUCAGUGCAAGAAUGACGAGCAGGUACGCAUGCUACUGACGGUGCUCAAUGCGCCCCCAGCAGUGAAAGCGCGCGACAUGUCCUCCUUUCGAGCCGUGGACGAGAGGACAGUACUUGAACACGUAAAAGCUGCCCAGGAGACGGCUGACAUGCUGGUGGAGUACCUCACCGACGAUGCGCCGUACGGCGAGAUUUUGGUGGAGGCGGCGGCGACAGCAUGUAAAGGGCAGGUGAAGCAGUUAGACGGUUACUUUAAACGUGUGGACUUGUCGGAGGAGACGCUGAGAAUGACUGGUGCCGUCUUAAAGCGACUACGGGAGCGACUUAAUGCAUACGCGGAGUGGAAGGAACAGCACGCCGCCUCAUUGAGUGUACUAAAGGAGACUGAAGACGAUGCACAUGCGAGCCAAGACGUCACAGCGGAGGAAACAGUAAAUAACAGCGAAGCUUCCGUUUCAAUCAUGGGCGGGGCUAAAGGAGAAUAUGCCGCCGUGGACGCCGGGGAAUCCCAUGCGACCUCAACGAAUCCCACAACGAAGGCUGGUGACUCGACAUGGGGAAGUAUGGACUUUCCAUUGAUGCCGUGGGAGGAGGAGGAGGUGGCCGAGGCGCACAAACGUGAGGAAGAUGCGGGGGGGAAACACAAGAAAGAAAUGUAA